CCCAAGGCACUUUUCCACCCACACGUCAUCCCCAAGAACACCACCACCACCACCACCACUACCACCACCCAACCCGUCACCUAUCCUCCCUCUCCUCAUUGCCCAGCAUGCUCCGCACGCAGUUCACCAAGACCGCGGUCCUCCGUCCCCUCCGAGCCUUCAGCACCACGGCCCGAGCUAUGUCUGAGGGCGAUACUGGCGCCCCUCCCAAGACUGGCGGCCCUGGCGACGCCUUCCAGCGCCGCGAGCGCGCGUCCGAGGACUACGCCAUCCGCCAGCGCGAGAAGGAGAAGCUUCUGGAGCUCCGCAAGAAGCUCGCCGAGCAACAACAGCACCUCGAGCGCCUCUCCAAGCACAUCGACGAGAUCACCAAGGAGCAGGGUGGCGAACAGAACUAGGUCGCAAACAUCUGAGCUCCAAACGAUGCGAGUCGCGCGGGAGCAGUUACGGAGAGAUAUAAGCCGUCAGUUUGCAUGAAUGACAUUGAAAGCCGAAGGUUUAAUGUCUGCGUCUUGCCACAGUCUAAGCUAGUGUACAACCACAUAUGUGUGCCCAUAAGCCUACAGAAACAUACCCAGCUC